UGUCUUAAAAAAUAUUAUAUAUGGUCCUCAGGAAAGCAGUGUUUGAUACGAACGAUACUUAAAAAUCCAUAGUUCACUCUUGUACGUCAGUUGUGUGAUGAAAACACUUGACAAAAAUUAUUAAUAUUUCACACACUCAAUCUAUUACAUUUUGCUCAAAAUGCAACGACGAAGGAAAAAUAAAAUGAAAGCAGUGAUUGAGCUUGAUGCCUUUCCUAAAGUUCCAGAUACUUACAAAGAAAAAACGAUGUCAGGAGGCACAAUUUCCUUGAUCUGUGUGUUCAUCAUAUUGUAUUUAGUGUAUUCUGAAGUCAAUGAUUUUUUAUAUUCUGGUGUAAAAUUUCAUUUUGUUCCUGAUGACGAACUUGACACUCGGAUGGAUCUAAAUGUAGAUUUGACAGUUGCAAUGCCUUGCAGAUAUAUCGGAGCAGAUGUUCUGGAUUCAACUGGGCAGAGUGUUGUUUCUUUUGGUCAACUUACAGAAGAGGCUACCUGGUUUGAGUUAAGCCCUAGACAGAGAACCCAUUUUGAGUCUGCUCAAAGGCUCAACAGUGUUCUAAGAGAUAAACCUCAUGGGAUUCAACAGCUGUUGUGGAAAUCUGGCUACCAGCAGCUCUUUGGAGAAAUGCCAUCAAGGGAAACUGUGCCAAACCAGCCUUCUGACGCCUGUCGGUUACAUGGCAAAUUACAAUUGACAAAGGUGGCGGGUAAUUUUCAUGUAACAGCAGGGAAAGUUCUACCUUUGCCGAUGCGCGCGCACGCCCACUUAUCUCCUAUGAUGGACGAUGAAAGAUUCAAUUAUUCACACAGAAUUGACAAAUUUUCGUUCGGACAAAGUUCGUCGCUGGUACAACCCCUUGAGGGUGAUGAAGUGAUCAGUGAUAAAGGUGCUAUGUUAUUCCAGUAUUUCGUUACCGCCGUUCCGACGGAAAUCGAAUCGCUUGUUUCCGCCUCAUCCGGAAUCCAUGGGUCACUAAAAAUGUGGCAAUAUUCAGUACGAAAUCAAUCGAGAGUUGUCGGUCAUGAAAAGGGAUCCCACGGGAUUCCAGGAAUUUAUUUCAAGUACGAUGUGGCUCCGUUGCGAGUCCGAGUGGUUCCAGACGCGCCACCUCUUUUGCGCUUUGUGCUCCGUCUGUGCGCUAUUGUAGGCGGUGUGUAUACGUCAGCAGGUAUCGUUCACAAGAUGAUGCAAGGCGUUUAUUGGUUGAUUUGCUCCCGUUGUAAUACUUGGAGCGAUGCCAGUUACGUCCAAGUUUUGUCUUGACUCGCCUAUCGGGAAGUUAUUAUCUAUCAAUGCCAGUCCAUAAAGUUUCCGGUUGUCUUGUCUUUUAUUGUGACUUGCAGAUACAUUGUGUAUACAUGUC